UCAAAUGGGUUGAGUUUUUUUUUCAAAAAACGCAAUUAGCGUUGAGUUAUUUUUUACGAAAAAAGAAAGGUGAAUGGAUAACAUAACAAAUUCUUUUAGAGACCGAAACGUUAAAAUUCCAGCGAGUGAGAAUGAAAAGCAAUUAGUUGAGAAUUGUACAACAAAAAAGAUCAAUGAAUCUACCAGUUUAGAAGCGGCAACACUAUUAUACGAAAAAAGUAUAGAUCGUAAACGGGAACUGAAAGAGGAACGAAGAAAAUUACGUGACAUGAGAAAACGUACUAAGCAUGAUUCCACAGUCACUGCUGCAACGAAGACAGCCAAUUCCAAAAAGACUUAUCGUUUAAAUUCUAUUUGGAAUUUUAAUUGUUUUAAAUAUGUAAAAAGUCCGAAUUCCACAUUAACAAGUCAUAACAAUCUUCAUGGAAGUGGAUUCGAUCCCAAUACGAUCACACUGCUUUUAGCAGCGGAUGUCGAGCGAUCCGCACCUCCACAAGGUGUUAUGGACUUCACAGAAUCAAUGGUGUUGAAGAAAGAUUAUGCACUUCGUCCAUUAACUGUGUGUCCAACAGGCCGAGUGUUUUUAGAUACAAUGAAUCCUUUUCAGAAAUCAGCUUCUGAUUUUUUAGUCACCAUCGCUGAACCCAUUUCUCGACCAGAGCAUAUGCAUGAAUUUCAAAUCACAAUUUUUUCUUUAUAUGCUGGUAUUGGAAUGGGUAUUACGGUCGACACUUUAUUAACCACAUUAAAUAAUUUCUCUAAGAAUUAUAUACCUCCCAAUUUAAAAAAUCUUUUAUAUACACACGGCAAUGCUUUUGGGCGCGUUAAAUUAGUUCUUCGCGAUAAUCGAUACUUUUUAGAAUCUGAGAAUCGUGAAGAUUUAGAAGUUCUAUUAUCUCAUCCCGUUAUUUCAGAAGCAAGAAUUCGUCACUCUAUGGUAAUUCGUCAACAGAUUCAAGGAGUGCCCUUACUAAAAAAGAAUUUUGAACCAAAUGAACCUUUUCAACAAGAAAAAUCUUCGUUAGACGACGGUCAUAUUUUACAGAGACCUGCUCCACACUAUGACUCAACAAUUUUAGAUUUUAACGCUCGACCGAACGGUGAGAGUGAAGGGGAAAAAGCUACGUCUAUGACACAGCAUCAGAACGCGACGCAUUCUAUCAAAGAAGUGUUUUUAUUUGAAGUGAAAAGCGAAAUGGCAGGCCGUGUAAAAGAAUGUGCUAUGAAUGAUUUAAAGCGACCCGUUCUAACGGAAUAUGAUUUUCGCCGUGAUGAUAAAAAUCCUAGUUUUCAAGCUACUUUACGUACAACAACGAAGAUUCGUUACUAUCAAGAACGUUCGUUACGUAAAAUGUUUUCAAAUGGAAGGGCACGGUCUGGAAUUAUUGUUUUACCCUGUGGUGCUGGUAAAACAUUAACUGCUAUUACAGCGGCCACAACAAUUCGUAAAUCCUGUAUGGUCCUCACGUCAUCUUCAGUCGCUGUAGAUCAAUGGAAACGCUCUUUUGUUGAAUUCACCACAAUUGAUCCCUCCUUAGUGAUAACAUUAACAUCUGAAAAAAAACAAAAUCUGCCUGAAGGAGCAGUUGUCAUUAUUUCUACUUAUACAAUGUUAGCAUAUUCGGGAAAACGUUCAAUCGCAGCAGCGCAAAUUAUUCAAGAUAUCCAAAGUCGUGAAUGGGGAUUAUUAAUAUUUGAUGAAGUUCAAUUCGCUCCCGCCCCCGCGUUUCGUAAAAUCAAUGAUAUUGUGAAAUCACAUUGUAAACUAGGAUUAACAGCUACAUUAGUUCGUGAAGAUGAUUUAAUUCAUGAUCUCCAAUGGCUCAUUGGUCCUAAAUUAUACGAAUCCAACUGGUUGGAGCUUCAAGAAUCGGGUUAUUUAGCAAAGGUUCAAGUCUCAGAAGUGUGGUGCACAAUGACAGCGGAAUUCUAUCGAGAGUAUUUAAGAGCGCCUGCUGCUAAACAGAGAAAAUUGUGGGUGUGUAAUCCUAACAAAUUACGUGUUUGUGAAUAUCUUUUAAGAUUUCAUGAGGCGCGCAACGAUAAAAUUAUCGUUUUCAGUGAUAACCUUUUUGCUCUAAAGGAAGUGGCAUGCACAUUAAAAAAACCUUUUAUUUCAGGUCAAGUAGGGAUGCAAGAGCGAAUGAUCAUUUUAAAUAAAUUUAAAAAUACCUCACAACUUAAUACUAUUUUCUUAUCCAAAGUAGGAGAUAAUGCUAUAGAUAUUCCUUGCGCCAAUGUUGUUGUUCAAAUUGCCUUCAAUUUCGCUUCCAGACGACAAGAAGCACAACGCUUAGGGCGUAUUCUACGGCCGAAAAAAAGAACUAACGAUACAUUUAAUGCUUUUUUCUAUUCACUCGUCAGUAAAGAUACACAGGAAAUGCUUUACGCAGAUAAACGUCAACAAUUCAUUAUUGAUCAAGGAUAUUCUUAUAAGGUAUUACCUUUAAGUUCUUUCCCAAUGGAAAAAGAAACUUUAUUAUACGAUGAUAUCCACCGGCAGCAAGAAAUGUUAGCACAUAUUAUGUCAACAAGUGACCAAUGUAUGGAUAUUGAGUUAGAUGAAGAUGUUAUUUUGACUGAUAGUCAGAUGGAUAUGUCAAAAAACAUUCAAAAAAGUCAGGAUUCUAAUAAUGUCAUAGAAACAAUUCAAACUGUUCUAUCCAAUAUUUCAAAUCCCACCAGUUUUUCUUCCAUGACAACCUAAAAAUCCCUCUAUUAUUCUUCAUAAUAUAAAAUGUCUACCCUAACAAGCAAAGCACAGUUCCAUGAAAGACCUACAUGUUGGUCUGCAUGCUAGAGUAAACAGUUGCUUCGAGUGAUUAAAAAGUCUAUUUACUAAAUAUUUUUCUUGAGGUUAAAUCAUUUUUUUUAUUUAAAUUAAAUUUUUCAAAUGACAAACAUGAACUUUUUUUGAAAUAUUUGGACACUGUAAUUUUAGUAGAACGCUAAA